AGAGAGAGAGAGAGAGAGAAAAAAAAGCGUUUCCACGUUUCAGCAGCCGGUGACAGAGCAGCGGACAGCGAAGCACACGGACAGAGAGAGAAACCACGAUCAUCCUAAACACGGCAUUCCUGAUUUAUUAUUUCCAAACACUGACUGACAGUUCAUCUCACCCGUGUCCCCUUCACGGUCGCGUUUCCCCCACGCUGAUAAAACAGACUCAAAUCCACCACUGAGCGAUUUGAAACCGCAAAAGUGAACCGAACCCACCGAGACUGACCGAGUGGACUUUUUCCUGCGGCACGUCUGUCCUCGCUUAAACCGAAAUUAAAUUCCCACAGAGCUGCUUUCUGUGAGAUCCAGAGGAGAUUAUCUUCCCGCAGACUCCCUCAUCUCUCUCGCUGUCUGUAGCUGACUCAUUUUUGCUGCGCUCGGGACCAUGGCGGAGUACAGCUCUCUGCUCAGCGACCUGUCUGACAACAUCACCAAUGAAGACUUGGAGCAGCUCAAGUCAGCCUGCAAGGAGGACAUCCCAGAGGACCAGAGCAACAACAUCACCUCCUCCAAGGAGUGGUUCAGCUACCUGGAGAAGAACGACAAGCUGGCCCAAGAUCAUCUGUCAUACAUCGAGCACAUCUUCGAGAUUUCGCGGCGACCGGACCUGCUGACGAGGGUGAUCGAGUACCGCACCACCGUGCUCAAGAUCUCUGAGGAUGACGAGAUCGACACCAAGCUCACGCGCAUCCCCUCAGCCAAGAAAUACAAAGACAUCAUCCGCCAGCCCUCUGAAGAUGAGAUCAUCAAGUUGGCCCCUCCCCCUAAAAAAGUGUGAGGUCGCAACCCCCAGCCCUGAUCUUUGCACCUUGAUUUCUUCACUCCUGGCACUCCAAUCAACCGACCAACCGUUUCUGACCAACCCCAUCACUCCCCCACCUCACCCCUCUCACACUUGCCACACACAACACACAUACACACACAUCCAGCCACGCCACCCUCCUUGCACGAACACAUGCCGUGAUACAGAGCCACGCAGGCAGCCACCAACAAAGCAACCAAUCAGAUCGUAGCGAUGCAGCCUCUUCCCAAGCUGAGGGGAGACAGGAAGCUGCAGGAAAAAAAGACUUUAGAAGAAGAACUCUGGAGUUGGAACGACAGUGUAUGUGUGUGAGGGGAGAGAGAGAGAGCAAAGGUCUACCCUUGAUUCAAACGCUGAGUGGGUCAGUUCAGAAUGAGUGCAAUCUGUAAACACUGUUCAAUCUGUGAUGCUGUGUUUAUGCAACCGUCUGUGUGUGUGCAUGUCAGUCAAGGCUGUUAUAGUUAAAACGUCCACCCAUGAAGAAUUUGAAACUACAAACCCUGCCUUCAAAACUUGCAAAAUGAAAUGGCAAAGUUUUUUUAUUUUUUCAGAAAUUAUAAAAAUGUCAGAAAGCUGAUAGGUAACCAUAGAAACAAUUAAGCUUUGUACGCAUUGUAUGUACAGUGAUACAUAACUAUAACUAACAUAAUUCAGCAGCGCUUAAUUGUUUGUUAAUCAUCUUGAAUAUGCAAAAUAUCCAAAAGUCAAAAUUGAUGGACCGAAAACUACUAUCUGGAGAUGAAACUAAACUGAAUGAAACUAAAACAUGUAAACACAUAGUUUACAUGAUCAAAACUAUUUUAACAAAGCUGCAGCUAAUAAGUUAAUACUUAGUAAAAAAAAAUUAAAACUAAUCUAAAUCUUACACAUAUGACUCUGGUUCAUUUCUAUGAGGGUGAUUGUUUUAGUGUGUAGCCACAUUAAUUGUUCAGGUGUGUUUGUAAUGUGAAAGGGAUAGUUUGAAAUUUUGGGAAAGACGCUUAUUCACAUUUUUGCCGUGACUUACAUGAGAAGAUCGAUACCAUGUUCAUGUCUGUCUUUUAAAUAUGAAGCUACAGCCACCAGCAGGUUAGCUUAGCAUAAAGACUGGAAACAGGGGGAAACAGCUAGCAUAGCUGUUAGCCUCGUUUUUAUACUUUGGUUUUUGUAUGGAUUAAAGAAAUGAGAUAUAUUGUGUUUCUUAGUGAGCUUUAGAGGUGUUGGAAGGAAGAUUUUCGUACCUUUGGAUAGAGUCAGGCUAGCAAUUUCUCCCAAUUUUCAGUCUUUGUGCUAAGCUAAGCUAACUGGCUCAGCUAACCACUUCAUAUUUACCAUACAUACAUGAGAGUGGUAUUAAUCUUCUCAUCUAACUCUCAUCAAAAAGGUAAAUGAAAGAAUUUCCCAAAGUGUCUAACUAUUCCUUUAAAGCCUGUAUAGUUUAUUAAAAAAUGAAAGUUAUCAAGUUACCAUCUUCUUGCCUCUUUUGGAAACAUUGCCAUGAGGUUGCUGUAUUUGAAACAAAACUUUAAGUCAUACUUAAAGUACAGGACAGUCACUGUUCCUUAGCUAGAGGUUCUGUAUACAUUCCCUUUACUCUUACACAGAUAAUUAUAUCAUGUUUUAAGAGCAAAAAAAAGUCAAAUAUUUUAGAAGAUAUUUAAAGCUGAUUUUCAUAGGGAAAGCCAAUAUUUGCCUUUAGUUUAUGAGUCAUAGCAAUUAUUUAAAGAAAAUAUUUAGAUGCGAAAGUUAUAGCACUUAUUUCUAUACUAUGGAUGUUCCCUGCCCAUAGGUUCUCUUUUCAACAAGGGGACCAGUUAGCAUGAAAGUCUGUUGUAUAAGCUGGCUAGAGAUGUAAAUAUACAAAUAAUAUAUUACAAGAAAAUAUAGCAGAAAUAAUAUAUUGACCUGCAGUGUGUAGUCCAUAGACGACACUGUAGCUCUAGCAGCACAUUUCCACUGUACGUUCAGUUUCACCGUGUCUGGUUUUGUAACUAAGACUUUCACCCUUUUUGUCUAAUUUGAAACUAUUUAGUGUACUAUUUGGACUACAUUAGUAAGGUGGCCGACAAGGGCAAAUGCACUGCAAACGCACUGCAAACGCACUGCACCUUAAGAAAACGCAUGCAAAUAAACAAAAGUACACACAACACAACCAAAUACACAAAUGCGCUGCAAAUACACAAAACGACAGCAGAAGUCAGAAACCCACAUAAAAGGAUGAUUGAUACACAGACCCGACUUCAAUAACUACAUGAGUCACAAACACUUUUUAGUGUCCUCUGGAAACACUUCUGUUGUUCUGUGAAUUUGCAGCGCGUUUCUGUCUUUCUUUCACCCUUUUGUUGCCAUUUCAUUUGUUGCACAGAAAAUAAGUGACCAGCUUGGAAAGAGGACAAACUAAGGCCUCUGAAAAUAAAAAUAGUUGCAGAUGAAUGUGAAAGAGGGGAGAAAAUGUCAGAAAGAAACAUGGCAUGUGAAAAUAAAACAUGUCCUUUAAUAAACUGUACAUAAAGUAGAUUGUGACAUGGAUCUCUAAUGAACACAAUGGCUCACAACCUGCUGACUAUGCCAUUCCCACCAUGCACCAACAUAAUAGCUAGCAAGACUGUUGAAACUAAACUAUAAUAACUGCUCUUUUGAACACUGUGUCUCUUUUUUCCCCGCGUUGAAGCCUUAGCGGACUUUGAGUUUACCCCAAAAUUUUUCAGAACUGUGAGAGAUUGUGUGUGAAGCGAAGACAGACGCCAGCAUACACAUCAAGUUAAUCAAAACGGCUCUCACUUUUAAAGAGAGUGAUGCUACUUUUAUUCUGAAAUUUGCUAAGGACUUCAGUGUUGGUGUGUACAGAAUGUCUGUGGGUCUAUUUCUGCCCCUGUCUUUGUUGUUAUCAAAGCUGUAGGAUCAAAAAAUGAACCAUAAAAAUCAGUGUAUGACUAGUCAUUUCUCCCAGCCCCGCUACCUCCCUCCUUCCUCUCCCUCACCACCACGCUCCACUCCAACCCCAGUGCCAACGACUAAGACUUUUAUUUUGAUCACAGUUUCUGUGAUCUGUUUUCAGUGAUCUGUUUUUUUUUUCUCUCUCUUUUGUAUUGCUCGCCGUAUAUUGUAGUAUUUGACUGAUUUGUAUCCUAUGCAUUUACGUCUGUAGGAAAACUCUGCACUGUAACAUAUCCUCCCAACAAAUCACUUAAUCUAAAGAACUGAACUCUUUAAUUGUGACAAGUUAGGGUGUUUGACAAGAUCCUGAUAUUGAAUUUGCAUGACUGAUGUGCUGGGUGGUGUGGCACUUGAUAAGAGGAACUGAAAGUAUGCAGUUUCAGGAAAGAAAAUAAAUGCUUGUUAGCAAUGUUCAUUGUUUGAAACUGGAAAACAAAUACUUGUUAGACCAACUAUACUAUACAACUCCCAUUCUACUCUUUUGCAAGAAAAGUCUAAAGGUAACUAAAACAUUCAAUUUUAAUUAAUUCCAGCAAAUAUAUGUUUAAUAGUCUGCAAACAGUGGACUUGCAUGAAACAUCCAGUUAAUCUAGGCCAGAUCGAGCUUUUUAUAGUAUUGUUAAAGGAAUAGUCCACCCUUAAAUACUUUAACACUGAUGCUAUACUUUGAAUUGUACUGGGCCCAUUUUGCAGUUCAGGUUUUUUCUAGCCACGGAGCAGUGGAAGGCAAUGUCAGUCAGUCGGUCCACCACUUUGGUCCAUACUGAAAUAUCUCUAUAACAUAGGAUUACUUGGCAUGAAAUUUGGUACACAUUCAUGGUCGCCAAAAUGAAUCCUGAUUAAUUUGGUGAUGCCCUGACUUCUUCUCUAGUGCCACCAACAGGUUGACGUUUGAGGCUCAGUGUAAAACAUCUCAACGACAAUUGGAUGGAUUGCCAUGAAAUUUGGUACAGAAAUUCAUGGCCCACUCAGGAUGAAUUAAUAAUAACUUUAGUGAUUCCCCUUACUUUUCAUCUAGCAUCAUCAGGGUUUUAUUUGUUCAGUACUUUAGUUUAUGACCAAAUACUUGCAAAACUAAUGACAUUCCCAUCAGCCUCAGCUGUACUUUGUGACUAGCGCAAAUUAGCAAAUGUUAGUAUGCUAACAUGCUAAACUAAGAUGGUGAACAUGGUAAAUAUUAUGCCAUGAUGCUAAACAUCAGCAUGUCAUUGUGAGCAUGUUACAGCAUGCUGAUGUUAGCAUUUAGCUCAAAGCACCUCUGUGCCUAAGUGCAGCUUCACAGAGCCGCUAGCUCUCUAACUCUUAGUCCUGUUUAUCUGUGAAGCCACAUUUGAGUUUAGUAACAUUUUUGUUAUAUUCUUCCACAACAUCAGCCGUCAAGUUUAUGUCCCUUAGAAUCAAAGAGAAAGGGCUUCUUUUAAACUCAGUAUUAUAGGGAGAAAUGAAUCGCUUAGGAGUCUUAAGUAGCCCAAAUUCAAAUUCAGUAAAUCUGGUUUCUCUGGGUGUUUUCAAGACUUAUACUAAAAACUGUAGAACACAACACUUCAUCAUAAAAUAUAUCCUGGUAUACGCAUUGAUCUUUUAGGAUUGAUAAUAUAUAACAGUGUCAGAGUAUUUCUGGGUGGAUUUUCCCUUCAGCGUCCAGACUAACCCUCGCUAGGCCUGACCCCAAGUGAAGCGGUAACUGUCCUCCUAUAGCUUGAGCCUAGUGAAAACAAAGUGGGACCACUGCAUUUAUCACAGAGCUGAACUGAGACCAUUAUGUUGGGCAAAGGGAGGCAGUUUUACUUACUGCUAUGACCUGUGGGUAAUGGUCUUUCCCAGCGUUAAAUGGAUGUGAUUAUUGGAUGUUAGAUUUCCACCCACCAUUUUCAGUGAAAAGCUUUGGUAAUUUUCAAACCAAAAGGCAGGUUUUUCUUUUCAGAUCUUAGCAUGUGUUUCCAUUAUUGUACAAAAUAUCAGCAAGGGAGGAUUUGGGCCAUUGUAUUUUAUUUUUAUUGUUUCUUCUCUUUUUAUUUGAAGUGCUUUUUGAAUAGCAACUUGUGAAUUUAGAUGUAUGUGACCAAGUGACUUUUUUUUUCUCGCUCUCAGAAUUUCAGUAGGCAGUGGACUCAUUUUAACAAUCGUGUGGUAGUUUGUCAGUAGUUUGUCCAUGCAAUAUCCGUAAACAUCAAAAAAGAAAAAAAAAUCCAACUGUGUGAUGCUCUAGAUGCUCCUGGUUAAGUUAAAAACAUUUACAUCAGUUUAUUCAGUGGAAUGCUAAAAAUUCUGUCAGCAUCAAAAUGUGGCUGUGCCCCAUUUUUUGUGUUUUUCACAUCUACUGCCUGUUUCCUACUCCUCUGAAGUCAACCCUCAUCAAUGUCACCAUGGUAACUGUGGCACCGAUCCUCUGACUUCAUCACCAGGCAGAUUAUAUGUUUGGCAUUGCUUAGUAUUUUCCUCUGUAGCCAUCGGCACAUAAUAUAUCAACAUAUCAGUCACAAAUGAUGUCAAAUUUGGAUUUCCAUGUACCAAGUGCAUAUCAACUUAGUAAAUGCUGCAAAAGUAUAAACCUACUAAAAUAUAAAUGUAUUUAUGGUGAAUACCUGAUUAUAACCAAUACAUGAGCAUAGAUGAAGUAGGAAAUGAAGAAGCAGAAACUGUGUGAAGGUAUUCAGCAUGUAAUGCUAACAGUCAAUUAAAAUUAAUUCAAACAAGAGUAUCAUUUUCCCUUAAGGAUAAGUGUUUUGCGUUUUUUUUUUCAUUUGUAAAUAUGUAUUUUGAAUAUAUAUCAUGUUUGUUUUGAAAUUGAUUAAUUUAUUUAAUGCCUAUAUAUUGUUGUUUUUACGUAUCCUGAUUUUGUUUUACUAACUGGAAACAAAUCAAGGGGAUGAAAACGUGUUUCUUAUCUAAUGUUAAACAGACCAUUCAUCAACACUUUUAUAAUUCAUAUUAUUCUCUUCAUUUAUGUUUUGCUGUUUUGGCUUUGGGUGAUGAUUUUACAAAAAAAAGUGAUAUUCAUUUCAUUGUAUUUACUGAAAUGUUUUACUGUGUCGUAUUUGAUCAGAUGUGCCGUGGUCACUGCUUGUAAAAUGAUUUUAUUCAGAGAGUUUCCAAAUCAUGACAAAAGAUAAAAGCAGUCACAAAGUCAUCUGCCAUUUUGUUUGUAUGAGACAUGUUGUCACUUGCACAUUGCGGAGCAAGAGCAGGAAAUUUAAAGAGUAUAGUGUCUUAAAAUGUUGGGCUAGGUGUAUGUAGAAAGUUCAAGAAAUGUUGACCCCUGAUUUGUAGAGUGCAUUCUUUAUUACCAGAUCUUUAGCAGUGUUUCAUUGACAGGUAUUUUCUCAUUCUUCUCACUUAAAACAAAAGAUAACCCAUUGGGGGUAAAAAAAAAAUAAAAAUAAAAAUAUUACAACAAGCAUUUGACAACCCUCAUCUGAACAAUAAGCAGUCGCUCUAGUUUUGUAUGGAGCCCCAAAGUGUUCAAUAUUAAAUUAAUAAAUAAGUAUAAAAUAAAUACUCACAUGAAUAAAUAGUGUAAAGCAAUCAAUUGAGCAAUUGUUGUUGAGCAAAAAGCUGCUACAAAAUUUAGCCAAUUAGCUCCUGCUAACUAGAGCAAAAAGCAUGUCAAAGUAAUUCUUAUUCAACCAAAUAGAGGCUGCUGCUGUAAAUAAACGCAGUACACAGACACUGUAACGAACAUUUACAAGGCUACACAUGCUACCUACCUAGCUGGCUAACUAGCUAGGUAGGUAGCAUGUGUAGCCUUGUUAAGCUAAAGAAAGAAAGUUACAGUGUCUGUGUUUAUUUACAGCACCAGCUUCUAGUUAGUUGAAUCAGAAUUACUUGGGUGUUGUUUUUGAUCAAGCUAACACGAGCUAACUGUGGUAGCAGUUGUUGAGCUUGCUAGCGAAGAGGCUGGGGGCAUGCGAUUGUCCGAAAGGGCAUUUUGAAAUAAAAAUAUCAAUAUAUAAUAUCAACAUAAGUUGAACUUUAAUAAUUGCUUAAAUUACAUCACAACUUAUUGGUUCAUUUAUAUAUUUUACACAAUGUAUUCAUAUUAUAAUGUAGGCUACUGUAUACCUAUUUAAUACUGAACACUUCGCUCCAUAGUUUUAUUUGCUUUUUUUUUAAGUGAGGUAUUAGCGAAUGGUUAAAGGGCACAUGGAUGAAGUGAUAGAGUGAAGAGGUAACUAUAUGAGUAUCAGUGCUGGGUAGAGUAGUGUAAGUUGUGAAGAAUAGUUUGGGUGUAGCUAGAUAAAAAAAUAGAGGUGUGAGCAGAGAGAAAUAUGUAGGUUCAUACUUUGGGAAACAUCUCUGGUGUGUGUGUGUGUGUGUGUGUGUAAGAUGUCACACCUCUGACCUAGUAUCAUUUUGAAUGUGGCAGGUGUUGCACAAGAAUGCUGUACAAUGGUGAGAUGUAAUUAAUGACAAUGUGUGCUAAUGUUAGGAAUGCUGAAUGUCUGGUCAGUCUCAUCAGAUGAAGUUGUGCUAAAAAAAAAAUGUAUGUUUUCCUUUGGGCCUUUUAAAGUGUCAGUCACAUUAAGGUGGCCGUUCCUGAGUAUUGUGCACACCACACCUAACUACAUUUCUCUAGAGCUGCGCAGCAAAACCGAAUACAGUUUCCAUUUCAUGCACAAAAAAGUAAGCUUUCACAUCAUAGGUAAAAAUGCCAACUUGAUUCAUAUUGCAAAGUGCUGGGGUGGAUGGACUUGAAAUCAUGCCAUGCUUGACAUUUAACAAUGUCUCAUACCAUUUGUAGUGAACAAUCUUUAUUUCAGAUGGUCACAUAAAUGUUUGUGGCUAGAUCAGAGAUUUUCUGAAGUGUGUGCGUUUUGAAGUAGUGGACAAUAGAGGCUAUUUUGAAGUGUUGUGUUUUCAACACUAAUCUGAUCUUUGUAACUGAAGGUUUAACAUAAGGCUGAAAAACAUUCCUGUGGUGUGGUUUUUAGUGUUAUGGGCAUUUAACAAUUUGACUCAGCAUGAAGUAGGUUAGAGGAGGUUCUUGCAGAGGUGUCAGACAGCACUUGAAAAGUCUAAUAUUGUGUUAGUAUUAUACAAAUGAUCUCAAUACCCUUAAAGGUGGACACAGCUGUGAUUUUGAAACACUAACCUCCAAGUAGCAGAGAUUUUCCCAAAACACAUUUGCAGCAUUUUUAACUGAAAUUCUUCAUUUUCAGCUGCCAACUUUUGGCAGUUCCAUUAGUGCAGAUGGGCAGCAUUCAGAACAAGCUUAAAGUACAUCAGCAAACGUGAACAUUUCAACUAUAAAUUUAAACAUUUUGAUUUAACCAAUGUUGCUGAGUGUAAUUGUUCCUGAGCGUUGCCCUGUGUGUCACUGCCUUGAGAGUCAGUCAGUGGGAUGUUUUCUCUCGUAUUCUACGUGUUAUUUUGUAAUGUGCUUAGUUCUCAAAUGUGACAGGUGUUUUUAUUUCACAGAGUCAAUCCAGUCCAUCAUGUUAGUCAAGACUUAUUGCUGUUAAACAAACGUGAUCAUUUUGAUUUACGCCUGUUAAUGUGCACACAGUUGAAUCUGGUUUGAGACAAGGAAGUGAUCCAGUUCUGUCCCAGUGACAAAGACACUGACGUGGUUUUGAAUGAUGUGACACUGUGAUUAACAAUGCAGUGAAGAGCAUCAUUACAUUCAUUUUUACAUUUUCGCAUACAGCUCACAACAUAACCCUGUUGGAUGCCAUGGGCUCAAUGCUGUUAGAAACUUUUGCUAAGGUUUUCCUCUCAUGGGGCAAGAAGUACUUAAGGAUUUAUUUUGCAAUGACUGCCACAAAAUAUGAUAUGAGGUAUUAUUCAAACACAUAUAAAGGUGUGGCUUUUUGUCAUGAUUUAAAUGAGACUGAACUGAAAUUAUGCCAUUUUGUCAUUGUGCUAAAAUGAAUAUAAAUAUUAUAUAUUAAAAUAUAUUUGCUAACCUAUA